CAGAAAAUGAGUGACGAAGAUACUGAAAGAAAGCGGCCUGGAGGCUCGCGACGCAGCCGUGGACGCAGUCGCCGUGAUGAUCGGAGUACGCGAACGCGACAUACCCGCAGCCGCAGCCGCAGCCUACGCAGACCCCGCAACUCAUUGACACGGCCAAGUCGCAGUCGCAGUCGUCGUGAUGAUCGCGCUUCGCGGACCAGGCCUAGCCGCAGUCGUCGCCGAAGUUCAAGCGUCGAUAGCACUGAAUCACUGCGACAGCGAGAGCAGGAGCUCAUACGGAAAAGAGAACAGCUCAAGAUUCUUGAAAGUGAGGUACGUUGCAAACGUUCACGAAUAAACGACGAGCGGGAAGUGCGUUCUUUGCCAGCAUUGCGUGCCUCUCGUGGCCAAGCCCGUAGCAAAAAUACGCCACGAAACCACCGUCAUAUUCGUGAUCGUUGCCUAAGAACACCUGCUAAGGAACGCAGCCCUGACUUUGAUGGAAAUAAAAAUGAGAAGCACAAAGCAACAUCAAGUCUUCUUGAUGAGUUUGUAAAAUUAUUAAAAUCAAAGACUGGGCAUAGUGAAUCGUUUUCUGGCUCGAGUUUAAAUAAUGUCAUACCUGAGUUUGACCCUAUGUCGAAAGAGCAGACAGUAAAUGUCUGGCUCGAUAAAGUCGAGGAAUGCUCAGAAAUUUAUAACUGGAACGAUAAACAAACGAUUCACUACGCUCUGCCAAAACUUACUGGACUUGCGAAAACCUGGUAUCAGGGUCUACCCUCAAUUAAGCAUACAUGGACUGAGUGGAAAGAUUUAUUGAGAGAAUCUUUUCCAGCCACUGAAAAUUACGCUGAAUUAUUAACUGAUAUGCUUAAUAGACGGGUACGCCCUGGGGAAUCAUUUGAAAUGUAUUACUUUGCCAAAAUUAAUCUUUUGAAUAGAUGUAAGAUAUUUGGAAAGCAAGCUGUGGACUGUUUACUUUACGCGAUUGAUGACAGAGGUGUGCGCGUAGGCGCCCAAGCAGCCAAAUUUGACAAGCCUGAAGAUGUACUUGAAUUCUUUAAAACCAUAAAAUCGAAUAAUAGAAAUCAAUUAGAUAAUGCAAAUAAUAUGAACCGCGAUCGGCGUCCAGGUAACACAAAUAGUUCUUUAUCAAAGCCUAGUGAUGUUAACGGUAGCGCAACUAAAAGUAAUAGCCAGAAGGGAACUAUUAAGUGCUUUAAUUGUCAGGGUGUGGGACAUCCUAGCUUUAAAUGUCCCAAACCCCUAUUAAAGUGUACUACUUGUAACUUUAUUGGUCACGAUUCUCUACAUUGUACAAAAACCAAAGAAAAUCCACCUAAGGAGAAAAGUGUUCUUAGAGUUUCAGUGUCUGAAAAUACUAGCGACAAAUAUAAGAUUCUAAUAAACGUAAACGGUAUCCCCAUUCUGUGCCAAGUAGACUUAGGUAGUGAGGCUACUCUUAUUCAGAAAAAUGCUGCUUUGCAAUUGGGUAUUACUUGGAAGGAAGUUACGGGUCCUUACUUGACAGGCCUAGGUAACGUCCCAUACUUACCAUUGGGUUUUACUUUUGCUGAUAUAGAGGUUCAGGGCAUUAUAGAAAGGAAUGUAGAAGUAUUUAUAGUAGAUGACCAUUUAAUGAAAUGUAACAUCUUACUUGGACAUAGUUAUACGGAGAGACCUACGUUGACGAUUAUUAAGACUCCGAAAGAAUUGAAGUUUGAACGAACAGAACAUGUAGAUGAUAUUAAAGUUGAGUUAAAUACGGCUUGUGAUGUUUCCAUCGAUGUAGGUGAAAUGAUAUCUGUUCCAGUAAAGUCUAACAUUUCUUGUCAUGGCAAUUUUUAUGUGAAUGGGUCGAUUAGGGGUCCCGUUGGGCAAGAAUACUACCUUAUGCCAGGUGAAUACCAAGUUAAAGGUGUUAACUGCAAUCUUUUUAUUCAGAAUGUUAGCUCAACACCGCUACACUUUAAAGAAAACACCCUUAUUACUCGCGCCAAAUUCGUAGGUAGUAGUAAGAGAGUUUUGCAUAUUUCAAAUGACUUGCUCCCUCAGGAAUCCGUAAGACCCAAAUGUGGGGAACAGUUAACCGAUAGCCAGAAACGCCAAUGCGAAGAGUUACUAAGUGAAUUUAAAGAUUGUUUCUCAACUGGAAUGCACGACUUAGGGUUUACUAACGUGACUGAGAUGGAGAUUCACCUUAAGGACACUACUCCAGUAGUAUAUAGACCGUAUCGUCUAGCUCAUUCCGAGCGUAAGCUAGUUCAGGACAUGGUUAGUGAUAUGCUGGAUCAUGGAAUAGUGCGUGAGUCCGAGUCUCCUUAUGCGAGCCCAAUCGUAUUAGUCAAAAAGAAAUCGGGUGAAAAACGCCUUUGCGUAGACUACCGCGCUCUCAACAGCCGCACCAAAAGAGAUCAUUAUCCUUUGCCACAUAUUGAGGAUCUAUUGGAUCAGCUUUCUGGCCAGUCGUUAUUUACAUCCCUAGAUUUAGCCUCAGGCUAUCAUCAGAUUCCUAUAGCCGAGAAUUCCCGCGAGAAAACAGCGUUUGUCACACCCGACGGUUUAUAUGAGUACAACCGGGUACCAUUCGGUUUGGCAAACGCUCCUGCCGUUUUUCAGAGAGCAAUUCACAAAGUCCUCAGUAAAUCUAAAGUGAGCUAUGUCGUAAUUUAUAUGGACGAUAUUUUGAUACCGUCCAAGUCCUUCGAGGAAGGGCUUGAACGUCUCAAAGAGGUGUUAGGCUUGUUGAAAGAAGCAGGGUUUACUUUAAAAAUGGAAAAGUGUCACUUCUUCCAAGAGAAAAUUGAUUUCCUUGGAUUUGAGAUAGAUCAGGAUGGUAUAAGGCCCGGGCUCUCAAAAACUGAAGCCGUAGCCAAAUUCCCAACACCAACCAAUCAACACGAAAUAAGGAGGUUCCUCGGGUUGGCGAGUUUCUUCAGGAGGUUCGUUAAGGGAUUCGCCGUAUUAGCGAGGCCUUUGACGAACCUCUUGAGGAAAGAUACUCCCUGGUAG